AGCUGGAUCAACUUGACGAAAAGAAAGUUGAUAAAGAAUUUUUGGAAAUGGAGAUUAAUGGGAAAGCUGACAAAAAAUCAUUAGAGUCAAAAGUGAGUAGAACACUUCUGGAUGCAACAGCGCAGCAAUUGAACUCAAUGAUGCAGGAGCUGUUAAAUAAGGUUUGUGCACAAGAGAAAGACUGGCAGAAGGUGCUGGAGAAACUUCUUUGUGACAUGGAUUGCAAGCUGGAUCGACUGGAGCUGGAUCCGUUGAAGAAACAGCUGGAAGAAAGAUGGAAACAGCUGAAAAAACAGUUGAGAAAUGGCCCAGGUUUUGAGGCUGAUUCUCCAGCUGGGUUCAGGAAGCAGUUACUUGAGCGAUUUAAGUGCCUUUCCUGUGCCAAAUCUACAAGGAUGAUGCCAGGACCGCAUCUUAUCACCAUUGCUGCUUCAGCUUUGCAUCCUAAAGCCCGUCCAACCACAGCGCCCGAACUGGACUCCUUUAAGCAAACAAAGGGGUACGAAUGGAACGUCUAUUUUCCUGAAAAGCUGUGUUGAAAAUUGGAUUCUGCUAGCUUUUAAUGUCGUAAUUGAAAUGGCUUUAGAUAUUUUUGGU